AUGGCUGGAGCCAAAACUAUGCUAGACGCCCCGGAACGCCAGAAGUGGGAAGACACAGCAUCUCCAGGACAUAUUGGCUACCCUACUCCCCAUACUGACAAUUCUGAAACCCAGGAUGAAAAUCCUGUCCCCCAGAAUGACUAUCCUAAAACCAAGGCUGAAAAUCCUUGCUCUAAGGCUGGCAAUUCCAAAACCCAGGCUGAAUAUCCUGGCCCCAAGGCUGGCUACACUGGCACCCAGACUGACUACCUAGUCAGUAGGAAGGACUACCUAGUCCUACCAGCUGGCUAUUCAGGGUCUUGCCCAGUUGGCUCUCCCAUCCAAUACCAGCCAGUGCCUCUUCGGCCAGGUGUGCCUGCAGGACUGCCCUGGAUUCCAGCACUACCACCUUCACCAGACUGUCCACCAGGAUUGGAAUAUUUAAACCAGAUAGAUCAGAUUCAGAUUCAUCAGCAAAUUGAACUUACAGAAGUCAUAAUACGUAUUGAAACAAAUAACAAAUAUGAAAUUAAGAACAGCCUUGGACAGAGGAUUUACUUUGCAGCAGAGGAUACUGAUUGCUGUACCCGAUAUUUUUGUGGGGCUUUUAGGCCUUUUACCAUGAGGAUCCUUGAUCUUAUAGGCCGAGAGGUCAUAACUCUGGAGAGACCACUAAGGAUUAACUGGCUUUGUUUCCCCUGCUGCCUGCAGGAGAUAGAAAUCCACGCUCCUCCUGGGAUACCAAUAGGUUAUGUUACUCAGAUCAGGCACCUAUUUCUGCCAAAGUUUAGAAUUCAAAAUGAGAAGAGAAAGGAUAUACUAAGAAUUACUGGUCCAUGUUUCAUGUGCAGCUUUUGUGGAGAUGUUGAUUUUGAGAUUAAAUCUCUUGAAGGGAAAAAUGUGGUUGGCAAGAUUUCUAAGCAAUUUACUGGGAUUGUAAGAGAGAUAUUUACAAAUUACAGUAAUUUUAGCAUCCAGUUCCCUUCAAACGCUGAUGUGAAAAUGAAAGCUGUUGUGCUUGGCGCGUGUUUCCUCCUUGAUUUCAUGUUUUAUGAAAAUACUGGAUGCUCUAAGAUUUUGACAGCAGGACUGUUGUAG